AUGGUUUAUGGACGUUCUUGGCAGAGAAUUCUGAUCAUUGGAUCUCAUUCUACUAAGGGCUCCCAAGGACCAGCUGGAGAGCCAGGUAUUCAGGGUCCUCGAGGUCUCCCUGGAUUGCCAGGAACCCCAGGGACCCCAGGAAAUGAUGGAGCUCCAGGGAGGGAUGGAAAGCCAGGUCUGCCAGGCCCCCCAGGUGACCCGAUUGCACUUCCUCUCUUGGGAGACAUCGGUGCCUUGCUCAAGAACUUUUGUGGCAACUGCCAAGCCAGUGUUCCGGGGCUGAAAAGUAACAAAGGAGAAGAAGGAGGCACUGGUGAGCCUGGAAAGUAUGAUUCUGCAGCCCGGAAGGGUGACAUGGGGCCACGAGGUCCUCCAGGAAUCCCAGGCAGAGAAGGACCAAAGGGAAGCAAAGGAGAGCGGGGCUACCCGGGGAUACCUGGGGAGAAAGGCGAUGAGGGUCUUCAAGGAAUUCCAGGAAUUCCAGGUGCUCCAGGCCCGACUGGACCCCCUGGCUUCAUGGGAAGAACCGGGCAUCCUGGUCCCGCAGGAGCAAAGGGUGACAAGGGCAGUGAGGGACCUCCUGGGAGACCCGGACCACCUGGACCGCCUGGUACACCAUUCAGUGAAGGAAAUGGAAUGAGCAGUUUAUAUAAACUCCAGGGAGGUGUGAGCGUUCCCAGUUAUCCAGGGCCCCCUGGUCCCCCUGGACCAAAAGGUGAUCCUGGUCCAGUGGGAGAACCUGGUGCAAUGGGGUUGCCAGGACUAGAAGGAUUUCCAGGUAUAAAGGGAGAUCGAGGCCCAGCAGGUUCUCCAGGAAUAGCCGGCAUAUCGGGGAAGCCUGGAGCCCCGGGGCCUCCAGGAGCUCCAGGGGAAACGGGUGAGAGAGGACCUGUGGGAGACAUAGGUUUCCCUGGACCAGAAGGACCCUCAGGAAAGCCAGGUGAUCAGGGAAUUCCAGGAGACAGAGGCCCACAAGGCGAACAGGGAAAACCAGGCCUUCCCGGCAUGAAAGGGGCCAUAGGUCCUGUGGGGCCACCAGGAAACAAGGGCUCUGUGGGAUCCCCUGGGCACCAAGGCCCUCCAGGCAAUCCAGGUGUCCCCGGAACUCCGGCUGAUGCAGUUUCAUUUGAAGAAAUAAAGAAGUAUAUUAAUCAAGAGGUUCUCAGGAUUUUUGAAGAAAGGAUGGCUGUGUUCCUAUCUCAGCUCAAGCUACCGGCAGCAAUGUUGGCUGCUCAAGCUCAUGGGAGGCCCGGUCCACCAGGCAAGGAUGGGUUACCUGGGCCACCAGGAGACCCUGGACCUCAAGGCUACCGAGGCCAGAAGGGAGAAAGAGGGGAACCUGGAAUUGGGCUUCCAGGGAGUCCGGGCCUUCCUGGGACUUCAGGUAAUAGUGAUAUUUAUCCUCACAACACAAGCACACUUCUGAAAANUAAAAAGUAUUUCCAUAACAUGGUAUAUUGUUUUCCCUUCCAUAAAUGA